ACAGCGCACUGGUUCAUCAGCAGGUGUGUGACUGAAACACAAGAUUAUCGAUAUCAAUACAUCGCCACCUAUGUGCGUUCUUUAUAUCUGACUCUCAUUUCUUUGGAUCAGCGAUUGGGCCGUUUUGUUGGUUUGAUUCCCAGCGGGCGUCAGCAGUCAGUGUGGCCGAAAACGAGAGAGAAUAAAGCGAGAUCAUAUUUAAUAUCCGCUUCUCCAGCGUCUGUGGAUGGGCUGCGGACAUCUGCAUCUGCAGUCUCUGUUUUUGAGUCACUAAGAAGAUGGCGGACAGGGCAGAGAUGUUUUCUCUCUCCACCUUCCACUCCCUCUCUCCUCCGGGAUGCAGGCCGGCUCAUGACAUCAGUCUGGAGGAGUUUGAUGAUGAAGAUUUGUCUGAAAUCACAGAUGAUUGUGGCAUAGGCCUCAACUAUGACUCUGACCCUUACGAAAAGGACUGCUUAAUUCUAGAAAAGAAUGAUUUCCACCACCCAGUGUGCUCAUUCCAAGAUGACUUCCAAGAGUUUGAGAUGAUCGAUGAUGAAGAUGAUGAGGAAGAAGAAGAGGAUGCAGAUCCUAAUGCCCCUCCCUCACCAUCAGCAUCUCCUCCCCCCUCCCCUACUCUGGGCACCCUGAAGAGCCGGCCAACCACUCUAAACCUGACUGCACCAGUUUCCCAGGACUCCCUGAACAACAACAGCAAUGUGUCACCACGAAAGUUAAGCUGGCAGGAUUCUCUUCGAAACCCGACUUCACAGGGUUGCUUGUCUCCAAACCACUCUUGCCUUGAGGAUGGUUCCCGUGUAACUACCACAUGCCCAGCGGCUCCAGACACCACCGGCUCUGCCAAUGGUACACCCUCAAACCCACCAGGACAUUGUGGUUUUCAUCAGUCACCUGGCAGACGGCUGCUGUACGACUUUGAGGGCAACAGAAAAGAACAACCUGAAUAUGGCUCCUUUGGUCAACAUAACUCGUCAAGUGGGUCUGAGGCAACUGAGGUGAAACCUGAUGUUGAGGAAUCCACUCUAAGCGAGCUUGAUCCCUCAGUGGAUGACUGCACUUCUCAGUGCUCCGAUACCGAGGUCGACCAUGACCUGAAUGGUCAUACCAAGCGUCGACCUUGCCGCUCUCGACCCAAUGACACUUAUACCGUGACUACGGAGACUGCUGAUGACCCAGAGCUGGAAAACGAUGGCACCAGUAGGUGUCUGUCCUCAACCGCACCUCUUGGUAACGAUGCUGAGACUCCGUUAUCAGAUGAGGAGCUGGACAAAGAGUUUGACAUUGACUUCAUAAGUAAAGAUACCUAUGAUCAAACCUGCAAGGAAGAUGAGGCGUCUUCUUACGUUGAGUUCCCCUGCAUUGAACCAGCUGAGUCCAUUUCUGUCUCCAGCUACGUGUCGUCCAGUCGAUCAGACGUCCUUGACGCUAUGGACGAACUUCGAAACAUGCGUCAGGGUCAACCUGCUGCAAAUGACACAACUUCUCCUUCAUCUGAUCCUGGUAUCGCUGAUAUGAAUGCCAAACGCUAUGCGGCGUCAGACCGCCACAGCGAUGACCUUAGCUCUCCUGGAUCAGACUCUGAUAUUGAAGGGGAACUUGAGGCUGCGUUUGCAUGUGGUCCACUUGCUAGUAACAUGAUUUCCUCCAUCUCAGAAACAGAGCUGGACCUGACCAGUGAAUCCAGCAGCGGGCGCUCUUCGCACCUCACCAAUUCCAUUGAAGAAGCUAGCUCCCCAACCUCAGACCAAGAACUGGACCAGGAGCUGGACCCUGAACAGGACAGUGGUAUUGUAGGUCUAAAAGCUUCUCUUCUUCUGGGCCAAUCUGAGCCAAUUAAACAAGAACCUUCACCAGGUCUAGACCCCAGCCCAGACAUGUUACCACUAGAUGAUGGCCAAGCUCUGAUGGGCCUGCAGAAUGUAGAUGACGAACAGGGUUAUGAGCACCAGGCCGAUCCAGAUGAGACUCUUCCCCCUGCCAUCCCCUGUGAGGAUAGCGGCUCCCAGCAGCUGUUGUUGAAGAUUGAGCCUGACCACAGUCUUGAGAGCUUCAGACGCUCCUUCUAUUUGCCAGUUGGCCCCAAACUCAUGCCCUCUGUGGACGACUAUGAUGGUAACAGUGAGGGAGAGUCCGAGUCAGAGUCCGAAGAUGAGCUCAGUGAAAACUCUGAUUCUCCUUGGCUUCUCAGCAACCUGGUCAACAGGAUGAUCUCAGAAGGCUCCUACCCAAUCAGCUGCCCAGAAGAGUGCCUCAAACGCUCAGCCUCGAUCUCUGACACCAUCUCACCCUCGUCGGACUUGGAAACAGAUACUUUCAAUGAGACGGAUGGCUGCAAUUCACAAAAGCAGAAAUCGGAAGAAAAGUCACAGGAGGUGACCUCUGAAAAGUCUGAGAAGAGACUGGACGAAGAGAAGGAGAGAGAAGCUAGCUAUGUAUCUGAAGAGGGACAGAAGGAAAGCAAGAGAACGGACACUUGUCUGUACAUGAGCAACCCCACAUAUGGCAAUGCUACACCCGUCUUUACAGAGAGAUUUGAUACCAGGACAAAGAAUUAUGAAUCGGAGGACUUCCCAUCCCAGAACUCAUUAAAAAACAAGCAGAAAGAAGAAGAGGAGGAGCCAAAUAAUGACUUGAUGAUGGAGAGAAUGAAGGAGCUGGAGUCUCCCAGCCUGAGCGAGAGCAUAAUCAGCGACAAAGACGAGGGACGGGAGACACGGGUCGAUCAGAUCACUUUGCAGCGAAUCACAGAAGUCAAAAACAGCCUUACGCUGGACCUCCCAACAGCACAGACCAAUCACUGUUUCAGUCUUACGUACUCAACAGAUAACGAUGAAGAUGAGCAAGAUACCUCCCCUUUCCUGGAGGAUCUUCACAAGGUACCGUCACCCUACGGAAACGAGACUUACUUGGACAGCUCCCCACCUAUUGAUGAGAGUGUGCGAGAGUUGAGGAACGCAACCUCUGACCGGCCCAUCGAUGACUCCUUGGCAUACGAUUCAAUGAAGUACACCCUAGUGGUGGAUGAAAACACAACGCUUGAGCUGGUGAGCCUGAAGCGCUGUACCUCUGUUCUUAGCGAGGACAGUGAUGGACUCUCUACUAUUUGUGAUCAGGAAGUUGUCGAUGAAGAUGAAGAUAUUUAUGGCCAGGGCCAGAUGGAAAGAGGCAUGAGACCUGAUUUGCUGUUAAGCUCCUCUGAAGAAGACUCCUCCCCUGAGGCGGAUUUACCUUUCUCAAAGAAGUUCCUCAAUGUGUUUGUCAACAGCACGUCACGGUCCUCCAGCACAGAGUCCUUCGGGCUUUUCUCGUGCACUAUAAAUGGAGAAGAAAGAGAUCAGACUCACAGAGCGGUCUUCAGGUUCAUCCCACGACAUGCAGAUGAGCUGGAGUUAGACAUUGAUGAUCCAUUAUUCGUUGAGGAAGAGGAGGAUGAUUACUGGUACCAUGGGUAUAACAUGCGCACAGGGGCCAGAGGGAUUUUCCCAGCAUACUACGCCCACGAGGUUGUUGGCCAAACAAAAGAUCUGAUGAUGAUGAAGAGGAACCCUGCUUGGAUGGAAAGCUUCCGAGUGCAGUUCCUGGGUUCGGUGGAAGUUCCUUAUCACCAAGGCAAUGGCAUCCUGUGUGCUGCCAUGCAGAAGAUCGCUAUGGCAAGGAAGAGGACGGUGCAUCUUCAUCCCCCAUCUAUUUGUGAGCUGGAAAUAAGCCUGCAGGGUGUGAAACUAGUCAUGAAUUUGGAUGAUGAGUAUGACUUUUCAGGGGAGUUUGACAGAUGUAGUCACUUCUUCCAAAUGAAAAACAUCUCCUUUUGUGGAUGUCAUCCUAAAAACAACUGUUAUUUUGGUUUCAUCACCAAGCACCCGAUGCUGAACAGGUUUGCAUGUCACGUCUUCGUCUCUCAGGACUCCAUGAGACAUGUAGCUGAGUGUGUGGGACGUGCGUUCCAGGAGUACUACCAAGAGCACUUAGAAUACGCCUGUCCUACCGAAGAUAUCUACCUUGAGUAAAGGAGGAAAAGGGUAACCAUGGCAACUGCUGUCCCUCAGGACAGAUGUCUGUUCCUGGGCUUGGCCACUACGAGGCGCCUGGCAGCCUUCUCAAAUGUAACAUAGGCCUCAUCUCUUUAUUCUCUUCCUCAGUUUCUCUUGUUCUCCCGACAUGAACUGAGCUGAAUACUCUACAUAGGCUCUUAGUGGUCUGUCUGUUUAUUUAACUGUUUAUCAGUUAAUUUAUUCUCUUAAUUGAGAUGGAUUGCUUGUUUAUUUAACUUUUCUACUAUAUAAUUAGGGACAUGGUUUUUGGGUGGAUACAUCAGUUCGAGUUCUUUUUUUUAUAUAUAUAUAGUCCUGGUGUAGAAAAGACAAAAUAUGACUUGACAUGUUUGAUUGCAUGGCUUUGAGGGUUAUGCUCACAAACACACACAUACACACACAAUGUCUAAAAGCAAAAGGCGAUCAGAGGUUUGAAUCUGAAGACCAGGAUUGUUUGUAAAUAUGUAUUUGUCCGAUUCUGAUACAUUGCUGUACUGGGUUUGUACUAAAAAGGACAAGGCAGUAAGACGUGACCUGGAGUCGUUGAUAGGUCUACAGAUUGUCUGUUCCAAUGUAGUAGAAGGUUUAAUGUACGUUUCUGAUUUAACCGCGAUGUAAAUACUGUACAAAUAGGGAUGACUGUAGGUGAAAACAGAUGCUUCAUUACAUCAUGGUAUGCAAGUAUCCUGCGCCAUCUGUCUGAGAAUGAGAAAGUGGGACGGAUUGCAGGUCGGCAGGCUGGGUGUACAGUAGAGGAAUCUAGAGAUGGUUCAGUGAAUCUCAUCAAGUCAUAUCUGGAAAAUAUUUGACCCCAAAAUCACAAAGAUGUUGUGUAAAAAUUAUGAUUUUUUUGCAACUGUGACGUUAUUUUCAUCUCAACUUUUAACACCCCCAAUUACUGUAAUGCAUCCAGAUAUUUCAGUUUUGAGUUUUGUGCAUAAGUUUUUCAUUAUUAAUUAUUAUUAAUUAUUUGCAAUGCCAUUGUGACAUUGCCAUCACAGUUAAACACCCACAAUUAGAGUAAUGCAUCCAGAUGUUUUAGUUUUGGGUUUAUUUAUAGUUUUAGUUGAUUUUCAUUAAUGAUUCUCAGUAAUACAGUAAUAAAAAUCAUCCUGUCAAUAUGCUU